CGCCUCCCCUCCUCGGGCGCCCCCCCUCUGCGGGGAAGGGGCGGGAGGGGACGCCAGGGGUGGGGUCCCCAGGGCGGAGGCCCCGGCCUCCCUGGCCGACGGACGGCGAGGCCACUCCCUGCCAGGCAGCCCCUGGGCCCGGGCACCCUUUGGAAAGGGGGACCAUCGGCACGGCCCCGGAGGCCUGGGCCCAGGCCUGCUGCGUGGGGGUGGGGCCGGGGCCGGGGCCUGGGGCCAGACUGCUCUCCGCCGGGACGCCCCGGCCUUGCCCCUGCCUUGUCGGGGCACGUAGGCCCCGCUGGGAUCGCCAGGCUCCGGCUCGCGGGCGGCUCGCCUAACCUUCACCUCCGCGGCCACCUCCAGUGGACCUCAGUUUCCCCCCUUCUCCCCCCGUCGUGCGAGGGGCUUGGGUUAGGCGAACUCCGAGGUCUCCUCCAGCUCGGGCCGUCAGUGUUUAUAGCUUGUUCUGUGUUCCGAGGCCCUCCGGGCUCCGGGCUUCGGUGUUCUGUGUUCUGUGGGUCCUCCCAGCUCUGACAUCUGGCAUUCUACGCUCUGACCCUAGUGGAGAUCUUGGCGUGAAAGAUGGCCGGUGGUGUGGAUGGCCCCAUUGGGAUCCCCUUCCCUGACCACAGCAGCGACAUUCUGAGCAGCCUGAAUGAACAGAGGACCCACGGCCUACUGUGUGACGUGGUCAUCCUGGUGGAGGGCCGAGAGUUCCCCACGCACCGCUCCGUGCUGGCCGCCUGCAGCCAAUAUUUUAAGAAGCUUUUCACGUCGGGGGCUGUGGUGGACCAGCAGAAUGUCUAUGAGAUCGACUUUGUGAGUGCGGAAGCCCUCACCGCCCUGGUGGACUUUGCCUACACAGCAACCCUCACCGUCAGCACAUCCAAUGUCAGUGACAUCCUCAACGCUGCUCGCCUGCUGGAGAUCCCGGCUGUCAGUGACGUGUGCGCCGACCUCCUGGACCGCCAAAUUCUGGCCAAGAAUGACCAGAUGGAUUUAGUAGAUCAAAUUGAUCAGCGGAACCACCUCAGAGCCAAGGAGUACCUUGAAUUCUUCCAGAGCAACCCCAUCAACAGCCUCCCUAACAACUUUCCGUGGACCAACCCCAACUUUGCCGGCCCAGAGGAUGAGGAGGAUGAGGAGGCGGCAGCAGCUGUGGCGGCCGCGGCUGCGGCCGCCACAGCGGCCGCUGGUGGUGAAUGCAAUGGCUUGGACUUCUAUGCCCAGGGUGAGCGACCAAAGGCCAAUGAUGGUGACCCAGACAACAGUCAGGGCCUGUGGCCCGAUCGUGACGAGGAGGCAGCCCCAGGGGCCAGCCUCUUCCCCCCCUCACAGAAUGGGCACUAUGGAGGCCGCAGUGGUGGUGCUGGGGGUGAGGAGGAAGCUGCCUCCCUUUCAGAGGCUCCUGAGCCCGGGGACUCCCCCGGCCUUGUGUCGGGGACGGCCGAUGGGGAGGACGGCGACGGGGCAGAGGUGGACGGGCUGGCCGCCAGUGCCCUGCUACAGCAGAUGAUCACCUCAGUGGGGCGGCAGGCUGGUGGUGGGGGCAGUGAGGAGGAUCAGCGCAAGGAGGACGAGGGUGUCAUGGAUUAUUACUUGAAGUAUUUCAGUGGCUCCCAUGAGGGCGAUGUCUACCCGUCAUGGUCCCAGAAGGUGGAGAAGAAGAUCAGGGCCAAAGCAUUCCAGAAGUGCCCCAUCUGUGAGAAGGUGAUCCAGGGGGCAGGCAAGCUGCCCCGUCACAUUCGUACCCACACUGGUGAAAAGCCCUAUGAGUGCAACAUCUGCAAAGUCCGAUUCACCAGGCAGGACAAGCUGAAGGUCCACAUGAGGAAGCACACGGGGGAGAAGCCCUAUCUGUGCCAGCAGUGCGGGGCUGCCUUUGCCCACAACUACGACUUGAAGAACCACAUGCGGGUGCACACGGGCCUGCGGCCCUACCAGUGUGAGAGCUGCUUCAAGACUUUCGUCCGCUCCGACCACUUGCACAGGCACCUCAAGAAGGACGGCUGCAACGGAAUCCCCUCCCGCCGAGGCCGCAAGCCACGGGUGCGCGACUCGGGGGCGGGGGCUGCUCCGGCCCCCGCACCAGUGGCCCAGGACGGCCGGCGCCACCGGCCCGAGAAGCACUUUAAGGAGGAAGAGGAAGAGGACGAGGAAGAAGAGCAGCCCCAGCCUGAGGCCCCGGGCAGGUUGAAUGUAGCGGGAGGGUCAGCUGACGGUAACUUAACGACCGGACUCUCCUAAAACCAAAAACACAGAGAAAAAUUCUAUCUAUAUACAGAUCUCUCUAUAUACAUAUAUAUAUAUAUAGACAUAUAUAUAUAUGAAGCGUCACAAAAUCUAGUUAGUUCUAUCCUCCGAUUUUCUCUUUAAUGAUGUUUUCUCCCUCCCUCUUCCAAUCCCCUUCCCUUCCAGGACCCCAUGAUUUUUGAGAAGACUCUUUCUAGGCCUGCCAUCCCCCUCUCCACCAGGGAGGGGACCCAGGGAUCUGGAUUUUGGCCCAUCCAAGGCCAUUUUCGAGGUGGCAUUGGUGGCAGGCUCCAGGCCCCAACUCCAGGACUUGAUUUUGGGCCUGGUUGGGCUCUGGAGGGUUCAAGGUGGGGUAGGGGUGAUUGACAGUUGGGUUUUUAUUUUUCACUGGUUGGUUGGUUCCUUCCCACUCUCCCUCCCCCCAAGUAAUGUCAUGAGGGGUAGUGGGGAAUGGUAGGAGUCCUUCUUCCUGAGUCUUUCAGACAAGACCUUAAAAGAUGUCCGUCCGCUACUAGUGGACGUUAAAAUAGCCCCUUCCCCACCCUGCUCCUUGAUCUUGCUCUGCACACCGCUGACCCCUUCCCUUUCCUCAGGGCACUUAUUGGGGGUUGUCCCCACCCCCUCCCUCGCACAACUUUCCUAUUCCCCAAAACCACCCUUCCUUCCUCCCCCUCCAACUCCUGCUUUUACUCUCCCGGGGUGUGGGGGAGGCUGAGAAUGGGGGUCAUGGCUCCUAGAUGCCUACUUGGGCCCCUUCUCUCCUGGCCUUUGAAACCCAAAUAUAUUUAUUUUCUUGGGCUAAUCAAGGAGGAGAGGAGGCCCAGGGAUGGGGGGAACUGGGGAAAUGGAGUGGGGUACACUGAGGGGAUCCUCCCUCCCUCCUGCCUCUGCACUUAACUACUUAGUGUGAGUCCCUGCUCUGUGGGCUUCCUCUCCAUCUCUGCAACCCCCCCGCCCGGCCAGGGUGAGCCGUAUCAGGGACCCCGUCAUCUCACCCUGCCAGGGGAGGUGGGGGGGCCACUUAACAGCCUGCGUGGCCUUGCCAGCCCCCCUUGGGGAAAGAGAUGUUUAGAGAUUAAAAGCCCUUUCCCUCAAAAAGCACUUUUUAGAUUAUUUUUAAAACACCUUUCCAGAGAGGCAGCACAGGGUGAAUGUCGGCAGAGAGAGUAUGGAGGGGGAGGCAGGGUGGUCAGGGCAGCUGGUGCCAGGACCAGAGCCAGGCAGGUGGGGGAGGGGGAGGAGAGAGAGUGGAGAUGUUUGAUGCAGUGAAAGCAAUAAGUAAAAAAAAAAUUAUAAAAUGGAAGAAAAAAAAGUAGAAAAAGACAAAAAAACCAACCACGUUUGAAGUCUUAGCACUUUGUGAUGGAACGGGUACUACACUUUAUCUGAAUUCUUAAUUUAAAAACAUGUUUACAAGUUGCAACCAACUUCUAUGGAAAAUUAAAAAGACAAAAAAAGUGAUUAUUACAAAAAAAAAAGAAAAGAAAUUCCUUUAAAAAUCAAUUUAUUUUUGUAAAAAACAAUAAAAAGAAAAACCCACUGAUGCAGAAUCCACUUCUGUUUCCCGCAGUAGAACCAGGAACUGGGCUUAGGGGGUUCUGCGAUAGGACUAGAACCUUCUAGAACAUUUGCCCAUUGCAACAAAGCUUGAAUCUCAGGCAGGAAUAUGGGGUUUUGUGUUGGGAUGAUUUUCUUUCUCCUUCCCUCCCUUUUGUUCUCUCUUUGGUUCUCUCAUGGUUUUUCUCCGUAUCUUACUUACCCUUGUUGGCCAGAGAGGUGGCCCCUGGCCCUAGUGGGUCUCCUGAGAGGAGGGAGUUCUGAGAAAGGGCUCUGUCUAGAUCACACUUACAUUACAACCAGCUAGACCAGUCCGAAAGGUCUUUCUGAAAUGCCUGCCUCCCGGUGCCCUGGGCCCCUCGUGACCCUGCAGCCCCAUUUCCCACUCUUUGCCCAUACUCCCUCAGGACCUGCCUUUUGGCUUCCUUCCAACAUGGUGGACUAAAAACAUGGCUCACAGAGUCUGCCUGGAGCGGCCAUCUUGAAAGGCCUGUUACCAUUCAAUGGGGCCCCAGGACGGGGAGGUGCCCGAUUUCAGGGCCUCUUUUGCCCGACACCCUUGUUUUUAUUCUAAGGCACUGACUGUCAAACGAGGGCCUCUCCCUGGGAUGCCCAUCCCAUUUAGGCCAUGACUGGGGAAACGGUGUUGGGGGAAACCUCUUCCAGAGACCAGACCUCGCCAGGCCCUGCGGACAGGUCCCUCUGAGUUCUCACCUGUCGGCACAGCCCUGGUACCCAGCCCAUUCCCCCCCUCUCAGGGGCUUUCGGUAGUCCCCUGGGAGGAGGCGGCUUUCGGGUACCCCAAUCCCGGGCCCCGGGCCCCGGCCGCUCUAACUCCUCUACUCCUAGAGGGUACCUCUGCUUAGCACUGGCCCCCCUCACACAUAUGCAAAAACCCGGUGCGGACUUGUAAAUAGACGCAACUUUGGAGUUCCUUCUGGUAAAGCCCCAAGCGGUGGUAUCUGUUUCCCUAGCUUCAGCCGCCAGCAUCCCAGCUCCUGAGCUCCCCCUUCCCUUUCUCCGCACACCUUCGAGAAGUUUAAAAAA